AUGCCAGAUGACUCUGGACCAUGCGAACCUGCCCUGAAGCACAUGGACUGGAAAAGGGCUAUGGGAAAUCAUCAGCGAGAGGAGCAGCUCCGGGCAUUUCUUGCCGAAUAUCCUGCCGACCUGCGACGGAAAGUCCAAGAACUGGAGCAGGCCCUUCUUAACAAGGACUUCAACCGACUCCAAGAAGCUGCACAGCAGGUCAUGGGAUCAUCAUCAUUCGUCGCGGCAACGCACCUGCAUGACUUGGCCAUGGAGUUAGAAGAGGCGAUCGACCUUGAGACAGGCUCCAUUCCCACCAAGACCGAGCAGGUGGUGCAGGAGGCGAAAGAGCUUGAGAAGGAGCUGGUGGAGGCUGGAUUUGUCCACCAGGAUGAGCCGUCCACUCCACAGACCAAAGGGAAGCAGGCUUGCUGCGUUCUUUCAUAG